GUUUAUGUUGUUGUGUUGUUGUUGUUGUUGUCUCAGAGGAGCAGGAGGCUCUGAGGAAGGAGACCCGUCUGCUGCUCGGACUCUGUUUGGACUCUCGGGCUCGGUACCGAGCGUCCUCGCUGCACCUGGAGCAGGCGGGACGGGACUACCAGAAGGCCCUGGACAUCUGCCGCUCAGAGCAGGGAGACACACACCCACAGACUCUGGUGCUGAUGAGCGACCUGGCCACCAUCUUGGAUCUGCAGGGUCGCCAUGACGACGCCCUGGCGCUGAUCCAGCAGGCGGUGGAUCUGAGCCGCUCAGCAGGACACCCAGACCAGCACGUGCUGCUGGGAAACAUGGCGGGCAUCCUGCUACACACAGGCCGGGUGCAGGACUCGGUCCAGCUGUACCACGAAGCUCUGAGUCUGGCCCAGCAGGCCGGAGACCAGGAGGCCGUGAUCCAGAUCCAGGAGGGACUGGAGGAGGUGAAGAAGAGGAGGAAGCAGCAGGAGGAAGAGGAGGAGAAGACCGGUCCUCAGUAGUCAGGUUUCAUCCACAUCUGUCUCAAGUUUAACCAAAGUUAAUAUAUGGAAUAAUAACUCAAAUAAAUGUUUCCAUCCUCGAC